AUGAGCAGUAUCUCUUCUGCAAAUGUCCCCGAUUCAGCGACUACUCAUUCUCUUUCGACUUUGGCGAGUCCGAUAAGUACUACGUAUGCUAGUUCUAUUAAUGAACAGUUUGCUGCUACGACGCUUGAUGGAGGAUCAAGACCUGCGAGUCGCAUUUGUCAUCGGCAUAACCCAUCAAAUGGGACUUGCUCGACUUUUGUGAAUGAGGAUGAAGAUGCUAUCAUCACUGGAUAUCCCGAGUUUGACGUUAAGAUUCGUGGCAUCAAUGAGUUUCAGAGACAACCUGUUCAAGAACUCCGACUUGCGAGUACCGAGUCCUUUAUCAAGGAAGAAAGAGUCCUCACACCUACAGAGUCCCGUCAUACAAAUGACAUUCCAGACUGUGAUGACAAUGAAGAGGAGUCAGAGGAUGUCACAACUGAAGAUGCCAACCUCGUUCUUAAUUAUGCUCUGCAAGUCAUAUACGGCGUUGAUCUCAACGACACGUCAAUCGCCCAAGAUAAAGUCCAAAGUCUGGUCUCCAACUUUGCCCAAGACAUAAGCCAACACAUGUGGCAAUCCGCCUCAGACGGCCAAGCAUCGUUCACCAUGUCAAGAUCAAGCUCGUCCUCCACACCCUCACAAGAUGCCUCCAACAAUGAUCGACGAGGAAAGCGCAAGAAGCAAGCCAAGCGUGAUGAUGAUGGUGAUGAAUUCAGCGACGGCGAAGGCUCAGGUUAUUUACCCACCAAGCGCCCUAGACCUAACCCCAAGGAAGAUGAGAAUCUGCGACUUAGCUGUCCUUUUCGAAAGAGAAAUCCUCAUCGGUUCAACGUGAGAGAUCAUCAUAGCUGCGCAAUGACUUAUUUUCCGAAAUUUGCUGAGCUUAGACAACACAUCGUCAAGCAGCAUAAACGGGAUGAUCCUUCAGCUUACGUUUGUGAUCGAUGUAGUCGUGAUUUCCCUACGCGAAAAGAACUCCGCGAUCAUCAACGUCUACCGAAAGAGCACAUGUGCGAUAUCGCUGAUGCUGACGCGGAGAGCGGGAUUGAUCCUCAGACUGCGACGAAAUUACUGAGUAGGAAACGAGCAAGUGGUACUUCCCCUGAAGUUCAGUGGAGAGAGAUUUGGAAUAUUGUCUUUCCGGAUGAUGAUGACGGUGAUGUCCGACCUUAUGAAUACACUCCUGUUAUCGAACACUUUGAAGUAGCAGCCAACUACCAGAAAGCAUUUGAUCAACUCAAACUCUCCCUCAUAGACAAGAUUUCCAACCCCGCCACUCUCGAAACGUUGUCUACGAAAUUUUAUCAAUGUUUCGUUGAGACACUGGAUCACUGCAUCGCCAACGCUCAAAGCAUGCCUUACACAAAUCGCAGUAACAAGAAGAACGAAAUCAUGAGAUCACAAGCACCACAGAGUAUCAUGCAGCGAAAGAGCAGAGAUAUCAUGCCCAGACCCGAUUCCGGUGUAAUACUCGACGAUGGCUCUGACGAAAGCGGUAGUCUCGGACAUAGGGAUAGUCUAAGGACUAUUCGAAGUGGUGCUGCAGGAAGAGGAAGCCAAGUACCCGAGACAGUUCUCGAGAUCGUGACACCUACUACCAUGGGUCCUGGUUUUGAUGAUCUGAUGCAGCCUUCCAUGCUAGCCAUGUCGAAUGGGCAGAUUGGUGCGACAGAUGUACAAGCCUGGAAUAACGGCGUGGUGUAUCCCCAGAUGAUGGCGGAUCAAAUGCUUCCAGGAAAUGGUAUGACGCCUCAGACUGAUUAUAUGAACUGGGGUCAGAUGUACCCCGGCUUUGAUACGCUGGGGAAUGGGUUUACGGGAUUUAAUGGACAACAGUGA